AUCAAUACUCUGAUCGCCAUGGCAACUAACUUCACCCAAGACCAACAAUGUGAAGGAAAGGAGUGUCAAUCAAUCACAGAUGUGACGUACUACGUGGAGGAGAAGAAGAGACUCUGUGAUGACUGCGCCUCUAAAGAAGAAUGCAUCGCAAGAGUUAAAAGAGGUGUACCAAAUAUUUAUUGUGAAGAACACGAUGAAAAGGUAAAAUUAUAUUGUAAAACUCAUGGUGUACCAUUGUGUUAUUCAUGCGCUAUGAUCAAACAUCAACAGCCUUGUGUGCAACAAGAUAUUAAUGAUGCAAUAAAAGAAAGUGGGGCGAGGCUAACAGUUCUAAAAGAAAGAGCGAGGGACAAAGUGAAAGAAGGUCGUCUUUAUGAAGAUGAAAUUGACCAAUGCACGAAAGACACAGGCACACAUCUACAAGCUUUGAAAGAUGAAGUUAAUUCCAUAAUCAAGGAGGCGAUCAACGCAUAUAAAGUCAAGGAGAAGACGGAGGCUGACAAAAUCAACAAAGAAUUUGAUGGUAAGAAUCAAGCACUUCAAGAAGAGAUUAUGAAGAUCAAUGAGAAGAUUCGAAAGAACAAUGAAGAGAGAGAGAAACAACUUGAAUUAAUCCAUACAAAUGCACAGAUUAGUCAAGGACACACGGACAAUAAGAAGAUUGGUCUUCAUAGAGACAUUGAUAACAUUGUUAAAGAGAAGGAUAGGAAGAUCAGAGAGUUGAUGAAAUCACUGCAGGAUGACACAAAAACAAUAGAGAAUGCAAUACAGACCAUAGAUACAGUACUAGAAGACGAUAAAAACAUAGUUAAAGACGGUCAUAGUGUGAACAUGUCAGUGAUUGAUAAACUAAAGAAACCACUUUAUAAGAAUGAUGUGAAACAAAUCACUGAUAGAAUAUCAUGUGUGAGGUUUGUGAAGAGUGUUGGGAGAGAAAAGUAUGAUGGUAGGAUUGAUGGGUAUGAUGGCGAGUGGAUGCUUAGUGAUACAAUCAGUGUCAAAUAUAAAAUCACAUCCCCAGUUAUUGUGGGUUGCAUAGAUGAAUGUAAUGUGAUCAUCAAUGGUAGCAUGCAUACAUACAUGUUAGAUAUUAACGCUAACCACAUCCAGAGAGUGAUAACGGGUACUAAUACAUCAUGGGUAAUCUCCUGUGCAUUACUGAAUGAUGACAAGAUAGUGUGUGGUCGACUGCAUAAAGGUUGUACAGGGGACAGUUUGACUGGAUGCAUCAGUGUGUAUGACAGACAAUGGACGCGCAUCAAUGACGUCACAAUACCAAGAAACACAACGCGCAAUACCUCAUCGGUGGAUGUAGCUGUUGACCGUGAUGGGAUGAUCAUUGCUGCUGAGUGUGGUCAGUCUAAGAUAUACGUCAUCAACCCAGCUGAUAGUAAGAUCGUGAAUACCAUCACAUGUAAACAGGAUGUAGUGAUGCGAGGUGUGCUAUCAUCAGGUCACAUCAUCGCUCAACCUUCCUCUUAUGACAAGAGAGUACUAAUCAUAGACAGGCAGGGUGGUCAAAGGGAAAUCCCCCACAGUGAUGUCAUCUAUAAUGUCAGUGUUGAUCCUAUAACAGACGACCUCUACGUCGUGACAUCAGAUAAUGAGUACAAGACGUGUGUCAUUGAUCAGGUGAUGAGUGGGAAUGAAGUGAAGAAGAGAAGAGUGACGUCAUUACCUCUAUCAACUAGACUGACUGGGAAGGGAGAUAGAGUGGUUUACCUACUAACCUCCAGUGUAAUGAUCUCAUCAUCAGGCAAGAUAAUUGAUUGUAAUGGAGAUAGUAUUAUCGUAUUCGAAAAGCGACUCACAUUCUAA